UCGGGAGGGUAGGGACUUCAGUAUCCCAAAGAGACGCUUUUGGAAGAGAGUCUGUUGUCUCUGUGCUCUUGUAAUGGGAAGAGCUUUGGUCAUUAAUCCAGAUCAGUCGUGCAAGGCACCACAGGACAACAGACUAAGGAUCUGAACAACUUGUGCAUUGGCUUGUUGACCAAGGGAGAUACAGUGCAAAGAAUGGAUUUCAGGAAUGAUUCUUUGGACGUUGACGAGCCCGAUUUCCUGGAGUACUCAGACUGGUACAUUGACGAUCGUUUGGAUCCCACCACCCCUCCUGCUGAUGUAACGUCCUGUGAUCCCACUAUCCCUGUUGAGUUGUAUCAUAUGUGUGCCGCAGGGGUGUCUCUUGUUGUGCUGGUGUUCCUGUCCUUCUUUGUCAAGCGGAGCCGACUGUGCAGGACCUGCUGCAGUGGAGCGCCUGGUCUGUUGCACCCUGUUGGGUUCCUCGAGCAUGACUACCACAGAGGGAUUGCUGCUGCCGUGUUCGGAGUGCUCUUCUGUUCCUUGUGUGUGGUCGUCAUUGAUGACAACCCUUUCCCCUUCAUAGAGUCCUCAAAAGGCACCAAAGAAUACUGGAAGAUUACUGCCCUGCUUUAUUAUCCAGCUCUGUACUAUCCCCUACUUGCUUGUGCAACGGUCAAGACCAAAUUGGGUUACUUUCUUGGCAGCCUCCUGUCCUGGCUACACUUUAGUGUUCUCCUCUGUCAGAAAGUUCAAUGCCCUUUGUCAUCCAAGUUGCACGAAUACUACUCACUGCUGAGAAGUCUGCCCCAGCUGUUAUGCCUGGCAUUUCUAAGUCUCAUUUAUCCUUUGUUGCUGCUGAGAAAUGGCAGGACAUCACAAUCUCUGCCCUUGCAUCAGUGUCCGGUUGAUAAAUAUUACACUGAGUACUUAAAGAUUUUACUGAGGAAGAAACCGCGCAAAAACAGUAUCAGUACAGAUCAGCCAAGCCUCUGGUCCAGGAUGGAGACCUUGAUACGAUUGUAUGUCUAUUUACCAAUAGAAGGGUUCCGAAGUCCAACCAAACUGGUUCUGUCAAUGACUGUGGCUGUCAUUUCUGUCUAUCAGUUUGCCCUUCUCCUCGUGUUGUACCUUGUCCCUGUCCUACAGCGGAUGCGGGCUGGAGUCCAGGAACAUGUAUCCUACACACUUGAAGGCUUUGGCGUCAAUCUCUCAGAAGAUAGGAGUGAAGUUCUGAGUAUCGUUAAAUAUUAUAUUUGGGUUGUGGAAGUGUGCUACGUAUCAGCAGUGGCUGUAUCCUGUUUCAUCACCCUCUCGACAUUAAUGAGGUCAAUGGUGUUACACAGGGACAAUCUGCAGGCUCUUUUCAGAGGCGACACACGAAAAGUCUUCAAUCAUGACAGGCCGGUCAGACUCUCCCGCUCUGCUGUUGUCUGUUGGAUGAGCUUCACCAGUUACCAGGCUGCAUUCGUCUGUUUAGGCCUCCUCAUUCAGCAAGUGGUCUUCUUCAUCUGCUUCCUACUGUUUGCCUUUCUUAUUGUCGUUCCCAUUGUCUACAGACAAAACCUGAUCAUUCUCAGGAUCCUGGAGAACAUGUGGCCCUUCUGGUUAACUUUAAUUCUAGUCGUGUUGAUUCAACACAUACUGACUCGACUCCUAUUUCUUCAGAAGGAUGGGAAACAGUUCAGCCUCACUAACAGACGAAGCCUGUACAUCUUCACUUACCUGCUUUUCGCUUUCAAUGUUCUGAUUGGGGUCAUUGCCGGUGUGUGGAGAAUCGUCUUUACAGCUCUAUACAACAUUGUCCAUUUUUGCCGAUUGGACCUGGGCCUUAUAAAUCGAGGGGCAGAGAUUUUUGACCCAGGCUAUCACUGCUACUCCAACUUCCUGGAGGUGGAGGCCAGUCAGUCUCAUCGAGUGAUGAGAGCUUUCUGCUUCCUCCUACUCCAGUGCCAAGGUUCCGGGAGAGGUUGCAUUGAGAAAAGGAGAUCAGUGGAAGAAGGGAUUCAGUUGGUGCCUGAUCAGAAGCAUACAAAAUUGACAAAGUCGAAACGAGUUCUGGCAAGAUGGUGCCUGAUCUACACACUUCUGAACAAUCCUUCAUUGGUUCGCUGCAGGAGGCCCGUGGUUUGCUCGCUCAAUGAUGUCGUUACCAAUGGGGAAAUGAAGAGUUCCUCCAAACCCAGCACAGAGGAUCUUGUUAAAUCUGAACUUUGUGAAAAAACACAAGGUCCUGUAUAAAUCAGAAUGUUGAUGCAACUAAUCACAAGUAGGUGGUCAGUCAUGUUUCUACACAGCUAAAUAAAAAUGUGCAUAGUUGCACACAUCAUGCCUACACACAUCACAUCCUGUUGCAAUAAUUGGUCAAAUUUACCCCUGGAUUUUGCUAUGUCAACAAUCACAACAUAAUUACAGACUCUGGCCACUAGGUAGCUCUGUAGAGCAAGAUCGAUACACACUGAACUCUACAUAGCCUUCUAUUUAAAGAACCAUUUUUAAUUCAUCAGCUAACUUACAUCAACACUAGGGUUAUUUUUGGUGGUGAUAUAUGAUUAGAAUUGUUUAUUUGUCUUUUUGUAGCUAUUGGAUUUUGUUACUAAUUGUGACCUGGGCUGGUUUGAAUUUUUACGAACAGCCAUUAUGAGAAUGAGUUGCAAUGAAAGACUUACACUAUGUACCUGUAUUGGUUGACAGCUUUCCGUCCAAUAAGAUACAUCUCAUGACGCCAUGUGAUAUAAAUCCUGACAUGUCGUAAAUAUUUUUUAAAUGAAAACUUUGGUGCUACAGAUAAAAGAUAGUCAGUUGGUACUAUAGAACAUGACUAUUUCUAAGAAAAUAUACAUUUUGUCAAGGUUUUUCACUUGACAGUUAUGAGGAUAAUUUACAAGAAUACUAAUUCUCGAUGGAGGCAAACCAUCAUUCCUACUGCUUGAGAGAAGAGAGCUGAUUGGUUGGUAAACAAAUGAGCUUUGAUUUUGUCAAGGUGUUGCCAUGGAGAAUGCACCAGUGAUGCUGAUUGGUAGUUGACUGCCAGGCUUUGUUUAAAUUUUAAACUAGGUGUGUUUGGUCAGGGCCUUACUGUCUGUUUGGUCAGGGCCAAACUGGGGAUGUUUGGUCAGGGCCUUACUCUGAGAAAUGAACUGACACACUGCUAUCAUUUUUUAGAGUUAAGGUUUUGACAAAAUGUAUCUUUUCUUUCAGCAACACAUCAUUGUAAAAAUCUAGGAGAGAAGAAAAUGUUAAAAUAAUAUGCUAAAUUUUAAAAUAAUUUUUAAAUGUUUUACCUUUCCUUUAAAUUUUAUAUCCUGUGCUCAUUAGCUUAAAAACUGUUAAAAUAACAUUUGUUUUUAAAUGCCAAUCUUUGGUACUGUAUUUACAUGACAUUUUCCUAAAGUUUGUUCAUUUUUUUUAUUCCAAUCUCUCUCCUGUAUGAUUUUUGUCAUUCACCUCAUUAUUAGGUUUGAAAGUAUUGUUGCUUGUGCUCAUUGUUACUGCAGUGAAAGUAGAGCUCAUCCACAGAGUAUUUUGCUGGGAAUAUUUGACUUUUGUGCUGAGGGAAUUGGAAGUGAAGUUGGGAGAUCUUGUUGCUCAUCACAAUGAGGAUGUAGGUCUACGGCUGUUGCCAAACAUACACCAAAAGCCACCUCAAAGUACAUUAGGGGAUGAUCGUAGCUCCUUGCUGGAUUGAGACUGAUAUGUCAUGGUGCCAUUUGCCAUGGAGAUUUGGUAGAUAGUUAACAUUUACCUGAGAGGUUGCGAUGACUCUCUGUGAAUGAUUUUCAACCUCCAUUGUUUCAGUUCAGGACGUUUGGAGGUCUGAGCUUUGUAGAUGUAGAUGAUACGUUUGGAUCCUUUUGUAAGCUUUUCAAACCCUGCACACGCAAGUGAAAAUUUGGCUGGCCAACCAACCAACUUACUUAUCAAUGAGUUGCAAAGACUUAUAGCAAUUUUGAGAAAAGAGACAUGCUGUAGAUGAUUUUCACCUUGUACUCACUAGAACAGGACACAUACUGAAGAGCAUGGGAGGGCAUUCCAGGAGCAACAGCAGGCAUACCCAUAACUGAGCUGUUAAUCUGGUGAAGGUACAACACAGGACUAGCGGGAGUUAAGUGGUUCCACAAACAAUGGAUUGGAUCUGAGCUUUUCAGUCCUACCACAUCCAGCAAUGAAUGGUUAUGAAAAAUUAAACAACUCACUAGAGGAGAGGGCCUCCAACCUCAAUAAUGGGGAGUUGAUGGUCCUGUGGUCUUAUAUCUGGACUGUUAAUCCAGAGACCCUGGUAAUGUUCAGGGGACCCAGACUCGAAUCCUACCAUGACAGAUGGUGGAAUUUUAAUUUGAGUAUCUAGAAUUAGGAGUCUAGUGAUAACUAUGAAACAAUUAUCGAUUGUCAGUAAAAUCUAUCUGGCUUAUUAAUGUCCUUUAGGGAAGGAAACUGCUAUCCUUCCCUGGUCUGGCCUAGAUGUGACUCCCGACUGUCAGCAAUGUGGUUGAUACUUGUUUGUCCUUGGGCAAUUAGGUGUAGAUAGUAAAUGUUUACCUGGCCAGCCAUGCCCACAUCCCAUGAAAUAAUAAAAAAUCAGUUCAUAAGUUUAAGGUUGAUGUAUUUGUUAGUAUCUUCAGCCAGCAAUGCUGUGUUAAUGAUCUUCCUUGGCCUCUUCUUAGUCCCCGGUGUCAUGGAUGCCAGUCUUCAGCCAAUUGGAUUCAUGCCAUGAGAUAUCCAGGAAUAGCUGAAGGCAGUGGAUAUUGCAUACGCAUACAGAUGACAUUCCAGCAACAGUUCUAAAGAGUUGUACUCCCAACCUUGCCAUACCCGCAGCCAAGACGUUCUUGCAUAGCUAUAACACUGGCAUCUACCUGAUAAUGUGGAACAUUGCCCUGGUAUUUCCUAUACACGGUCGAGAGUGUGGUGUUUGAAAAGCACAGCAGUUCAGGC